AUGGCAGGCGACAUGACACCCUCCUCGCCGCCUAGUGGAGGAUGGAGCAGCAUGCAGGAGGAACUGGAGUACUACAAGUCGCAGUACGAAACCUUGGAUGCGGAACUGCAGGAGUUUCAGGCGUCGAGUAAGGAGUUGGAGGCCGAGUUGGAGCGCGAUGUCGAGGAGAGCGAGAAGCGGGAGCGGAAGCUGCAGGAAAAGGCGGAGCGACUGGAGUUUGAUGUGGAGGAAUGGAAGGCCAAGUACAAGCAGAGCAAGACCGAGGCAAACAAUGCGCAAAACAUAUUGCAAAAGGAAAUCACCACCUUGCGCGACUCGCAACGCACUCUCCAGCUCAGGCUGCGCGACAUCGAAGUCCAGAGCGAUGAGCAUGAGCGCCAGGCCCGCAACCAGACGUCUUCGCUCGAAGAUGUCGAAUCCAAGUACAACGUCGCCAUCGAGCGCGGGGUCAUGCUGGAGGAGGAGCUCAGGAUCGGCGAGCAGGAGCGCGAAGCACUGCGGAUAGAGAACCAGCGCCUGCGAGACGAGCUGUCCGAUCUACGCAUCGAGACGGAGAUUGUGCAGGAGAAGUUGCGUGUCGCAGAGGCAACCAUUGAGAGCUUUCACCAACGCAAAGUAUCGAACCAUAUUGCAAGCAACGCAUUGCGCCCACGUUCGCCCAUCUCCGAGGCGUCGACCACUACGACCAACCUAUCGUCGCCCACAACUGCCUCUACGCCACCGCAUUCAAAGACCGACGCUCUCCCUCCAGAUACUACGCCGCCAUCACCGCCCUUGUCCGAUGCGCCUCUUACGACACGACGGGUGCCGUCUACGCCUAUGCCUAGGCGCAAGGCAUCCGUUGCCUGCGUCGACCCUGCGGCAACACCACGAGCGGGAACCUACUCACGAGCCCCACGACAUUCAAGAGGACCCAGUAUAUCAACGACUGGUAGGAAAAUAGUGGGCAGUGCCGGGCGUACUGCUCCGCCGAUCCGAACGACGGUAUCCCAACGGGCUCCACGACCAAGUACGGGAAGCGCUGCAGCACCAGCUGGGCUACCCAGGUCAGGCUCACUCUAUCACAUCCGGGGACUCAUUGGCCAGAUAGAGAAACUCGAGGUUCGCGUCAAAUCAGCUCGCUCCAAACUUCCCGCCCCGACCACGACUCCACCGCGGGCGAGUCCACGCAACGGCAGCGCAAUAGGACACCAUGUGCCCAGUACGGUGACUGUGAGAAGCUCGAGGAAACGGGCGUCACACGCAUCGACCGCCUCGUCCAUGAGCGAAGCGCCAGCAUCUGGUGUCAGCCGGCUCUCGUUUGGGGUAUCGAGUUCGCGAGAGCCAUCCAACAGUCGGCCCAGCAGCCAAGCGUCCAUGUCGUCCGGACCUGGGCCACAACGACCGGCCAGCAGGAGCAGCAACCGCACCCCUCUGGGCCACUAUCCGUCUGGAUCCAUCAGCGGUAUCGAGGGGCGACUGCCACGCCCACGCAGCUCGAUGAGUGGCAUCAUCAACGGACACGGGCACUCGAAUUCCUUCUCCAUGUCCCUCCGAGAUAGCGAGACGGGCAGUGCCAGUGAUGGAAGCAGCGUGACGACGCCCAUGGGCCGGAGACUGGGCAUGGAGAAGACGGGCAUUCCAACGCCGAGCGGGCUGCCGAGGCGACAGAGCGCGGGGCGGAGGUUCAGUGCGUCUGGGUUUGCAGAGGGCGGAGGCAUGGGUCCUCCUGCAAAGCCACGCAAAAUGUCUACCUAUAGCGAGGAAGAGACGUUCUAG